AUGGCAUCAUCCUCCAAAUCUAAGACGAUCGCCAUCCUGCCCACCCACAACACACUCGAGGAGAGCUGGAACCUUCUCAGGGAAGGGACCGAUCAGAUGAUGACUCGGCCGGACAAAGGGAUGACCUAUGCCAAAUAUAUGCAACUCUACACGGUCUUUGACAUGGCGCUCUGCAAAGAUUUGAAUGACCAAUUCAAGGAACGGAUGGCACAGACGCACGAUGCAUCCGAUCUUUCAGGCAAGCAUUGCACAGAUGGCUUGGCCCGGACCUGCACGCCAAGACUGACAUGUGGCUGGUUGUUGGGAAUGGUUGACAGUCUAUUUCCAUGCGCUGGCACUGGCAACGGGCUCUUGGCCAUUGCAAGCGCCCACGACUGGGCUGACGAUCCCAAUUGA